UAACCUUUAUAUAAAAACCCUCAGUGCUCCUUUCGGCCCUAGCACUUCAGCAGCAACCGUGCGAUAGAAAGCCAGAGGGAUAUCGGGAGAGAGGGAGGAAAACAGAGAAGGCAAGAUGGCUGAAGUAAUGGAAUUAGCCGCCCAGAUCCCCCCGGAAGAGAAAUCUUCGUCUGGGAUCAUGCUGUUCAAUCGGUGGACCUACGAUGACGUCCAGGUAACUGAUUUGUCAGUUGAUGAUUACAUCACUGCUACUGCUGCCAAGCAUCCUACAUAUACUCCCCACACUGCUGGAAGGUAUCAAGCAAAGAGGUUUAGGAAGGCACAGUGCCCAAUUGUGGAGAGGUUGGUUAACUCUCUAAUGAUGCACGGAAGGAACAAUGGUAAGAAGCUAAUGGCUGUCCGAAUCGUCAAACAUGCAAUGGAGAUAAUCCAUUUGCUGACAGACCAGAACCCAAUCCAAGUCAUCGUGGAUGCUGUUAUCAACAGUGGUCCACGAGAAGAUGCUACACGUAUCGGAUCAGCUGGUGUUGUUAGACGUCAAGCUGUUGAUAUCUCACCUCUUCGCCGUGUCAACCAGGCAAUAUAUUUGUUGACCUCUGGUGCACGUCAAAGUGCCUUCAGGAACAUCAAAACCAUUGCCGAGUGCCUUGCCGAUGAACUCAUCAAUGCUGCCAAGGGUUCUUCUAACAGCUAUGCCAUCAAGAAGAAAGAUGAGAUUGAGAGAGUUGCAAAGGCCAACCGUUAAGGGGUGGUUCUGUUGGGUUUUCUUAUAACUUCAUGUUAUGAAGUUUGUUUUAUUAAUUGGAUGAGGUUUCGCUGGUUUGACAAGCUUCUAGAGUUCUAGAUAUUGGUUAUGAUCCAGUUUUGAACUUAAGUUGAUAUUUAUGAUUUAUCAUUAUCUCUUGAACUCUUACCAAGAAUUUGAGUUUUGCUAUUUUGGUGUUGUAUGUUCCUUGUGGCUAAUUUUCUCAUCAUCGUAAAAAACAUGAUUUAGCGAAAAUGCGCUGGUAUCCUCGUACUCCGUAUUACAGAGUUAAAGAUGGCAAACGUUUAGGAAAUAAACCCUUUUAAUCUUUGCUUCUGAUAAUCAUCGAAAAUGAUCUC